CGAGCACCAUCUCAAACUUGAAGACAUUGGCGAAGACGACGAGCAUGACCUUGUUCGAAGUCAAGAGGUGCUAGACCGAAGCUUGGCAAGGGAGUUUGGCGCACAUCAAGGACAUCAGGAGUCUUAUAGAACAGCCCUCCACCAAGAGGAUGAGAACAAUGAGAGACGUC